GGCCGCAGGAAGGGCUCGGAGGGAGGGGCGCCCCGGGCCGGGCGGGUGGGCGCCGGUGACCCUCCCUGAUCCUGGGAUCUCCCUGCCCUAGGGAGGGGGUCUAACAGAUCUGGCUUUCUCCACCCCACGAUCUCGUAGAGCAAGCGGUCACAGUUCAGGGGCAGGCUCUGGAGGAAGCAGAAAAGCUCGGGCGGUGUGGGGUGUGGACCGCAGACCUUGGACGCGCUUAGCAGGAGGGGUGGCGAGCUCCGGCCCACCCUCCGUCCCAACGGGUUCAGUGGGCUCGGAGAGCUCAGGCCCAGCUCCCCUGUCUACCGCGGCGGGGAGAGGUAGAGGACUGCGAAGUUGCAGUCCAUUCCCCGCUCGGUCAUGGCACCCACACCCUGCAGAGUGGCCUUCACCCGCGCUCACCCCAGGUCAGAAGCCUGCCCAUCAGCACACGCGGGUGCCUGCACACACAGGGAAUCUGCCCUCGAAAUGGGAGGCAGAGUUCUGCUCUGCGUCUCACCCCAGUGGACACCCACAGCCACCGAGACUGUACAGAGCAAGGAGCAAGUCCCUGUGUGCAUGUGUGCUUGUUUGUGCAUGGAUGUAAUUGUAUGUUUGAGAGCUCGGAACGUAACAUGUUCCUGAUCCUGUGAACACUGCUGCGCCUGACCCACUGUCAGUGGUUUGUGCGCAUGUCCCUGCACAUACAGGCCCUCCUAUUGCAUGGGUGUGCAGUUGUUAAUAUAAACCUACACAUGUGCAGUAUAAUCCUGCUUGUCGCCUCUCCGCUGAAUGGAAGGGCAUGUGGACACCUGUGAGUGUGCGUGACUGCAUGUUGCCAUGUCCUCUGUGGACCCGCCUGCUGUGAACCUCCUGUGACUGAGUGACUCCUGCAGCCAUGCAAGUUCAUAGCUGUGUGUGUGUACCUCCCUCCCUCUGGGCUCAGGAGACUGAGAACAGCCCUGUGUAGUGUGCCCUACACACUGGUCCCUCUUAUCUGGGGUGUGUUCCUCCUGCCCAGUCGUAGGGACUGGUCCCUUCUAGCCAUAAGGCCCCCCUCUUCUUGCUGAGCAAACAGGAGGCCCCAGAGGUAAACAGGUGUGCCCCACAGUGAGGGUGGACAGGGGCAGCCUGCCUGGAGCCUCCCGCUGCCCCGGCCCCCAAACCAGGAACAGGUACCCUUCUGCCGCACCCGGCGGCCCUCCUCUGCCCCUCCUCUGUUCCACUCUGCCCGAUGACAGUGCUGACCUUUGCCUCUUGAGUAAACCCUCCAGAUUCCUGUUUUCCCUGUGGCUCUCUCCUGACUCCUCCCUUCCCUUCAAGGCCAGGUAGUUAAUAUUUGACCUGGAAGCUUUAGGAGGCAGCUCAGGCCACCUCCACUCCCAGCCCAGCUCAGAAAGCCCCUCAGAGUGAGGGCCCUGCCGCCUGCGCCCACCUCAUACCCAGUGGUUGGCUUGAGAGAGGGUCCGGGUUGGGGAGCAGUCUCAAGAUGGACUGGGGGCGCUGGUCAAGAGCUCGGGGCCCAGCGUCCACUUGGGGCACACGGCUUAGGUCUUGGGCUGCUCCUGGCCCUUACACAGUGCAUCGCACCUCCCGCACAGACUUCCUCGUGCAGCUAGGGGCACCCAGAGGCCCACCCGCCCAGGCUGCCACCCCAGGCCCGUGAGUGCCUGCUGUCAGGUAGGAAGAAGCACGCGUGGACUCUUAGCUGAAGGCUGCAGUACUGACUCACACAGGCAGGACAGAAACGUGCCCCCCCCCCAAGAAUGCCGUGGAGAAGUGUCUAAUUAAAGAGAAAUUCCAGAGGGAGCUCUCAGGCCAAGGAAAAGAAAAACAAAGGGAAAACAGGACGGAAUUAACAAAGGCCCGUUAAAGGUCCCUGCCCAGGCCUUCCUGCAGCGGGCUGGCGGCAGGGCAGCUAGUGCUGGAGGCGCAGGCCUUGGCUCUGAGAACCCAAACUCGACCGACCAGAAGAGGCCCGUUACCUUGGGCUUGCCAAGUUCCACCACAGCCUCUCCCUCAGCGGAGCUGCACAGACUGAGUCAGACCUGGCAUGGGAUCUCUGUGCCUCUACCCUCGGUGCCUCUGAAAGUCUGGGUAAUCCCAUCAUCCUCCUCCCACACUUAGAUCAAAGCACUUUCUCUUUUUUCCCUCCUUCAAGAAACAGCUGUCAGAGAACCAGGACUAGCCCUGCAGUCUGGAGCAGGGUGACCCCAUCAGGAACCUACAGGCCUCUAGGAGUCCUCAACUCCCUAUCAGCAUGGAGUUUGCACUUGAUGCGGAAAGGCGUGUGAUGGACCCUCUCUGACCCCUGAGCUGUGACCCCAUGGCCAUAGGGCUCUGUGGCUCCAUGUCCCCCCCCUUCCAGGACCCUCCCUGGCCCCAGAACUGCUUGACCCCUGUGGCCUCAUGACCCCUGUCCUUCCUCGCCACCUUGCUGGACUCUGACCCCAGGGACUGUUUUUCCCAUCCCUCCUGUGCCUCUGGUCCUGGCUCCCGGUGGGGGGCUUGCGGGUCUGGACCUCCCCAGGAAGAUGUGGGGGAGGCUCUGGCCCCUCCUCCUAGGCUUCUUCGCUGCAGCAGCCCCUGGGCCCUCCCUGCGGAGACCGUCCCGCGAGCUGGACGCCACCCCACGGAUGACCAUCCCCUACGAAGAGCUCUCUGGGAUCCGGCACUUUCGGGCCCAAGCCCAGAACUACUCAACGCUGCUCCUGGAGGAGGCCUCAGCAAGACUGCUGGUGGGAGCUCGAGGUGCCCUGUUCUCUCUCAGCGCUCGAGACAUAGGAGACGGGGCUCACAAAGAGAUUCAGUGGGAGGCCUCCUCAGAGAUGCAAAGAAAAUGCCAUCAAAAAGGGAAGAACAACCAGACGGAGUGCUUCAAUCAUGUGCGGUUCCUCCAGCGGCUCAAUGCCACCCACCUCUACGCCUGUGGGACUCACGCCUUCCAGCCCCUCUGUGCCGCCAUCGAUGCUGAGGCCUUCACCUUGCCGAGCAGCUUCGAGGAGGGGAAGGAGAGGUGCCCUUACGACCCCGCCCGGGGCUUCACAGGCCUCGUCAUUGAUGGAGGUCUCUACACCGCCACGCGGUACGAGUUUCGGAGCGUUCCUGACAUCCGCCGGAGCCGCCACCCGCACUCUCUGAGAACAGAGGAGGCCCCUGUGCACUGGCUCAAUGAUGCUGAGUUUGUGUUCUCUGUGCUGGUGCGGGAGAGCGAGCCCAGUGCAGUGGGUGACGACGACAAGGUCCACUACUUCUUCACGGAGCGUGCCACUGCCGAGGAUGGCUCCAGCAGCCACCGUGUGGCCCGAGUGGCCCGUGUGUGCAAGGGAGAUCUGGGAGGCAGGAAGAUCCUGCAGAAGAAGUGGACCUCCUUCCUGAAGGCCCGGCUCAUCUGCCACAUUCCCCAGUAUGAGACGCUGCGCGGGGUGUGCAGUCUGGAUGCUGACCACUCGGCCCGCACACGCUUCUAUGCAGCCUUCACGCUGACCACACAGUGGAAGACCCUGGAGGCCUCAGCCAUCUGCCGCUAUGACCUGGCUGAGGUGCAGGCUGUGUUCUCAGGACCCUACAUGGAGUACCAGGAUGGUGCCCGGCGCUGGGGCCGCUAUGAGGGUCGGGUGCCUGAGCCCCGACCUGGCUCGUGCAUCACAGACUCGCUGCGCAGUCGAGGCUACAACUCGUCCCAAGACUUGCCGUCCCUAGUCCUGGACUUCGUGAAGUUGCACCCACUGAUGGCUCGGCCCAUGGUGCCCAGCCGCGGACGGCCCCUGCUGCUCAAGCGCAACGUCCACUACACACACCUCACGGGGACUCCAGUGAGCACUCCUGCCGGACCCACCUAUGACCUGCUCUUUCUGGGCACAGCUGAUGGCUGGAUCCAUAAGGCCGUAGUCCUGGGCUCUGGAGUGCACAUUAUUGAAGAGACACAAGUGUUCAGGCAACCCCAGUUGGUGGAGAAUCUAGUCAUCUCUCUGAGGCAGCACAGCCUGUACGUGGGCGCCCCUAGUGGCGUCAUCCAGCUACCACUGUCCACCUGCCGGCGCUACCGUUCCUGCUAUGACUGCAUCCUGGCCCGCGAUCCCUUCUGUGGCUGGGACCCCAGCAGCCAUUCCUGCGUGGCGGCCACCACCAUAGCAGACAGAAUGUCACUGAUACAGGACAUAGAGCGAGGAAAUCGAGGCUGUGAGAGCAGCACGGGUGCAGGGCCGCCGCCACCACUGAAGACCCGCUCUGUGCUCCGGGGUGACGACGUCCUCCUGCCCUGUGAUCGGCCGUCCAACCUGGCCCAGGCCUUGUGGCUGCUCAAUGGGAGCAAAAGCCUGAGCGAUGGGCAGGACGGCUACCGUGUGGGCGUCGACGGGCUGCUGGUGACCGACACACAGCCCAAGCACAGCGGCACCUAUGGCUGCUUUGCUGAGGAGAACGGCCUGCGAAUCCUGCUGGCCGCCUACCGCCUCACGGUGCGGCCAGCCACUCCUGCCCCGGCCCCACAAGCCCCCGCUGCGAACGAGGCGCACCCGGCCCCAGACCCGAGGCUGCUCUACCUGCUUGCCAUUGCUGCCCUCGGGGGCCUCUGCCUUGUCUUGGCCUUCUCCCUCCUCUACGUGGCUUGUCUGCGCGGAGGGGCAGGAGGGCGCCGACGGAAGUACUCGCUGGGGCGGGCUGGCCGGGCAGGGGGCUCUGCCGUGCAGCUGCAGACGGUCUCAGGCCAGUGUCCCGAGGAGGAAGACGAGGGCCAGGAUGGGGACGGGGCUGCAGGCCUGGGAGGCAGCUGCCUGCAGACCAUCCCUGGAGAGGCCCCAGCCCCGCCCCCGCCGCCGCCGCCGCCCCCGGCUGAACUGACCAAUGGGCUGGCCGCCCUGCCCCGCCGGCUUCGAAGGGUGAAUGGCAGCAGCUAUGUGCUGCUGAGGCAGAGCAGCAACGGGGUGCCGGCAGGGCCUUGCUCCUUUGCCGAAGAGCUCAGCCGCAUCCUGGAGAAGAGGAAGCACGCACAGCUGGUAGAGCAGCUGGACGAGAGCUCUGUGUGAGCCUGGCCUCCCCAGCAGAUGCUCUGGGCCCCUGCCUCCCGGGCACACCCAGCCCUCCACACCCUCGCUCCAUGCCCUUCUCCCGACUCCUUGAUUCUCAGUAGGGCUAGCCAGUUAGGCCAGCCAAAGCCCCUCCUCAGUCUCCAAGACCCACCUGUGAGCAGCCCAGGCCCACCGGUGCUCCUCAGAGGUAGGUGCUCCCGGGGCCAGCUCCUGCAGACCCUGACCCAGUUCCUGUUCCCUUAACCUACUGCUUUGCAGGCCUCCAUCCUCCUGUCCUGUUGUCUGCCCAACCUUUCCUCUUCCUCCCAGGUAGGGCUCUGCAGGUCCAGAUGGCCGCAGUGUUACCACCCUCUGCAUGUCCCUGUGUGCUGGAUACUCCUGAAGCCACACAAAACCUCUGCCAGCCACUCGGCCCUGCGUACAUUCACACGUGCACAUGGAAGAAUGUGUCAGCUGGGCUGCCAGGCCCCACUCCCAUGUUCUCCCUGUGCAUUCUUGUGCUUCAUCCUUCGGGAUUUGGGGUACCCUCCUGGUUGUCACAUCCCUUUCCCAGUCCCAGGUGGUGACCCCAUUGGCAAGGGCUUGGCCACAGGCCAGCCUGGGAGGUAAGGUGGCAUCAAUCUCCUUCUCGUGCAGCCCUUGCGAGUCCUCUUACCCAUUCCCUCGGUCACACAGAAGCGUGACAGGCACCUCCGGGCAUGUCCCUUCCCUGGGCACCUGGGCUGCACGUGCUAACACUUCUACCCACGUGCACCUUCUGAGCCUCCCUUGCUGCCAGACUUGUGUCUGUUGGGUUAGGUCCAUGGACAUUUCAAAGGGAGAUUCCGCCUCCUUUAGCUGACCUUGGAGACCCUUCCCUGGACGGGUGACCAACACUGCACUCAUUGAGCCAGCCUCCCUUCUGGGGACCAAGCAUUUGCUUCCCCUAGACCAAAGCAGGGGAAAGAACUGUCUCACCUGGCAUACAAAGCCCAUUCUUGGAACUAUGCAAAGGGCAGAGGCUAGGAAUUUGGAUGCUUGGCUCCCACUCCUGUCCUACCUCACCGGGGCACUUUUAAGGUCCAGGGGCCUCUGAAGUCUCCAGGCCCAUAUGGUACAAUCAAUCCAGAUUGAGCCCAUUCCCUUUGGGUGAGGAUGACUGUUAUUUUUGUAGCUGAGAACAUGGAAUCCCACGAGUUUUUACUGUCCCUCACCCAACCUCUCCCACCUCCAGCCCACAAUGAAUGUAUUUAUUGUGAGAAUGGCUGUAUUGGAGGAAUGCCCUCACUCGGCCCCAGGUGGGUGGAACAGGCAUGUGACAGUGGGGAGCCUGGGCUCAGCUCCUCCCAAUGUUGGUUAAUAAAUGCCCUUUAGCCAAA